GUGCUGAUUGGUUUUGAGGAACUACAAUGUUAAUCUGCUAGAUUUGAGGAUCUGGAAUUGCAUUGUUAAUCUCAAAGGGGUAGAGUGAUGAAUCGAGGAGAGGAAGUGUAAAUCACCGUAUUUCUUAAAAGAGCACCUUGGACUAUUUCCUCAGAAGAAAGAAAGUCAUGCAGGUUUUGACCAGCCUGGGUUUUAGGACCUGUGGAUUCCACAGAGGAGGCACUAAGACAGGAGACUUCUGGCUCUAACUACCACAGCAAUCAAUUUCUCAACAACAGGAGCUCCUUCGGACUGGAUGACAAGAGCAUUCUGUUUCCCCAAUUCAGGAUUAAGCAUUGGAGCAAAAGUGGAAUAUUGAAAUAUAUAAUCAAGGCAUCAUCUGAUUAACUUUCUGAAGUGAUAGAGAGUGAAGAAGAGGAGAGAGAGGAGCUGGAAGCAGAAGAUGCCACGCUGGUCGAUACAUGUACCAUGAGGAGCACAGGAGAUCUACGCUAAAGACAUACAGGAGAAAACAGUUCACCUGGAUACAUUUCACAGGUCACGUUGAGCCCAUGCGGUGGUCCAUGCUAGCCCUGCUGCUCUUGUCCUGCAGCCAGAUGUUUGCCCAGCGCCCAGGUGACAUCUGCUUACAGAACGACGACCGUGGACAGGAUGUCACAGCCAUCCCUGUGCCGACCGUGGAUCCUAAACUCUUCAACAAGAGACGGUACCGCUCACCCCGUGUACUUUUCAGCGAACACCCUCCCGACUCAGAGCCCGCUGGGCACCAGACGAGGAGCAGAACAAAGAGGAAAGCAGGACCGCCUCAACACCGUGGAGUUUACUCCGUCUGUGAGAGCGUUAGCACUUGGGAAGGAAACAAAACCAAAGCUACAGACAUAUCAGGCAACGAGGUCACCGUCUUGCCUGACGUAAUCAUCAACAACUCCAAAAAAAAGCAGUACUUUUUUGAGACGACCUGCAGCAGCGGGCGGACCGGAGGUUCUGGGUGUUUGGGAAUCGAUGCGCGCCAUUGGAACUCAUAUUGUACCAAUUCGCACACAUUCGUGCGAGCGCUGACUUCAUUCAAGAACCUGGUGGCGUGGAGACUCAUAAGGAUCAAUGUAGCUUGUGUGUGUGUGCUGAGCCGAAAGUCUUGGAGACAAUGACAAACUGGCUGCUUUUGAAUACACCAGCAACAGUCUUAUGAUAUCAAACUUGAUAUUCCAAAUGUGAUGGUGGACAUUUUCCUUGUGCAAACCAUUAAUGACACCUUGUGACAUAAAACAUGCCGUCUAAGGAGGAGAGAUAUGUGUUUUUGUCAUAUGACUCUACAAUGGAAUGAGUUGGACUUCAGAGUUUGUUUUUUCAGUUCUUUUUUAUGCAUUUCUGUCUUUUUAAAAUAAUUAUUUUCUUUUGCAGCAGUAUGAGAACAUGUACAUACAUAGUUGUGUGUGGUAAUUGUUAUUUAUUAAACUGCAGCAUUAUUGUCCAGUUUACUGUCGGUGCUCAGUGUGCAUAUUAGGACACGGGUCAUUUUUAAAGGAACAUUCUGGGUUAAAUACAACUUAAAAUUAAAGUUGUCAUCAUUUACUCUUA